AUGUUCGCCCGCUCGCUUCGUUCCGCCGCCCCCGCCGUGCGCGCUCUCCACACAUCGGCUCUUCUCCGUGCUGCUGAGAAGUCUGCCGCUGAGCUCGCGCUCCGCGAUGCUCUCAAGGCUGCUAUGAAGGCUAAGGACAAGCCCGCCGUCCACACCAUCAAGACUAUCCUCAGCGAUGUCACGAAUCUGGCCAAGACUGGCCCGAACCCCGACCAGCCGGCCACCCAGGAGGGUGUCAUCAACACUAUCCGCAAGGGUAUCGAGAAGCGGAAAUCCGCCGCCGCCGAGUUCGACCCCAACUCGGAGCACGCCGCCUCGCUGCUCGCUGAGGCUCAGCUCCUGCAGUCGUACAUGCCCGCCGGGCCGUCGCCGGAGGCCGUCCAGGCCAUCAUCGACGAGAUCGUCGCGGGCCUGCCCGCCGAUGUUCGCAGCGGCCGUGGAGCGACCGGCCAGGUCAUGAAGGCGCUCUGGGAGCGUCUCGGUGACGCCCGCGCCGCCGUCGACAAGAAGGACGUUGCUGCGCGCGUCCAGGCCGCGAUCGGCAAGUAG